CCCGCCCCGCGCCCAGGUGUGUUCGCCUCGCCUCGCUGCUGCUCCUGCCUGAGGCGGGCGGGGAGCCCAGGCUGCCAGGCCCCUCCACUCUCCGUGCGGGGCUUAAACAGAUGAAACGGAGCUCAUCUUCCAGUGGUAGCAAUGGCCGGGCCUCCCUGCUGCCCAUUAGAGUUCAGGAUGCAAGCAGAGCCGGUCUAUAUACACCUCAAACAACAGAACGAUCGAAGCUGAGCAUAUCUAAGUACACUGGUGGCUCUGAAGGAAAAACCAGCUUCUCUGUGAAAAGGACAAGUGGUUCUGGAGCGUCGCGAAAUACUCCAUGGGGCUUUUUUACUGGCACAGAAAAGUUAAAGGAUCCCAGGCCACUUCAUGAUAAGACUUACAUCCAGCAGUGCAUCCGACAGCUCUGCGAGUUUCUUGUGGAGAAUGGCUAUGCCCAGAAUGUGUCUGUGAAAUCUCUCCAAACUCCAUCUACUAAGGACUUUUUCAGGAUUUUUGCUUUUAUAUAUGCUUUUUUGUGCCCUUCUUAUGAACUUCCUGAUUCUAAAAUUGAAGAGGAGAUCCCAAAAGUCUUUAAAGAACUUGGAUAUCCCUUCCCAUUGCCCAAAAGCUCCAUGUACACCGUGGGUGUGCCACAUGUCUGGCCUCAGGUUGCUGCUGCACUAGUGUGGUUAAUAGACUGCAUCAAGAUCUACGGUGUCAUGAGAGGGAACUCAGAUGCUCUUGUCGAUGCUCAGUGCUGGUCAGGAGAGGCUGAAGAUGAAAUGGUAGUUAAUAAGCUACUUAUGGAGUACACUGAGAAGUGUUAUGAUCAUUUCAUGAAUGGAGGAGAUGCUUUUGAAGAGAUGGAUGCAGAACUGCAGGCAAAACUAAACGAAGUUUUUAAAGUCGACCAUUCCAAAGUGAAGACCUUAGAAGCAGAGAACAAAAGGUUGAAUGAAGAGAUUGCAAGGCUAGAGAGAGAGAGGGAAAGUGAGCCGGAUCGUCUAGAAACGCUGAGGAAGCUGAAAGCUUCGCUGCAAGCUGAUGUUGAAAAAUAUCAGGCUUACAUGACUAAUCUGGAAUCUCAUUCAGCUGUCCUGGAUCAGAAAAUACGUAGCCUCAGUGAGGCGUGUGAGGCAUCAGAAUUGGAAGUUGAAAUGAUGAAGCAGGAAAAUGCCCGGCUGCAGCACACUGUUGAUAAUCAGCUUUACACAGCUGUAGACAUAGAGAGAAUAAACCAUGAGAAAGAUGAGCUUCAGCAAACUAUCAACAAGCUUACCAAGGAGCUAGAGACGGAGCGGCAGCAGCUGUGGGCUGAGGAGCUAAAAUAUGCAAGAGGCAAAGAGUCAAUUGAAGCACAGCUGGAUGAUUAUCACAAACUGGCUCGGAAGCUGAAGCUAAUCCCAGCAGGCAUGGAAAAUUCCAGAGGCCACGAUUUUGAGAUUAAGUUUAACCCGGAGGAUGGACCCCAUUCUCUCUCCAAAUACAGAAGGCAGAUCAACGUUCCGCUUAUGCAGAUAAUAGAUGAGACUGAAGAGGCAAUAAGUAAAGCUAGUAACAAGAAAAUCAUUUUAGAGGAUUCCUUAGAACAGUUGAAUGUGGUGAUAGCAGAGAAGAAAAGCAACAUAAAACUGCUGAAAGACGAAGUCCAAAAGCUGGAUGACCAUCACCAGCAGAAGCUCAAGGUGGCUGAAGAAGAAGAGGAAAAAAGUGCAGCUGAACUGCAAGCUCUAGAGAUACAUAAAAACCUAAUUGAGGCUGGAGUCAACGAGGGCCUCAAUGAAGCUAUGAAUGAGCUACACGAAAUUCAGAAGAAGCACCAGAUUGCUGUGAGGACAACAAAUGAAGAGAAAAUGCAACUGCUUGAUAAGUUGUACCGUGUCCUGGAGAUGGUGGCUUUUCAUGUAGGGUCUGUAGAGAAAUACCUGGCUGAGCAUAAUGCAAAAGCUGAUACAGUAUUUGAAGAAUUUAUGUCUGAAGACCUCUUGGACAACCUGAAACAAAUCCUAGCCAAAUAUAAAAGUAAAGCUAAUGCUCUAUAACCCUUGCAUGGAGGACUUCACCUAUGCAUUUUUUUUUCCUGUAGCACCAUUGUAAUGUGGGCCAGUCCUGCAUUCCUUCCACUAACUCCCAAGGCAGUCAAUCUAAUGGUCCUUGUACAUACGUAAUUACUACAGGAUCUGGUCCACAAUGUGCUGUUUGAGAGCUGUUACUCCUAAGUAUGUAUAUAUUAAAUUCUUACAAAUGUAAACUCUGUGUGUAUUUAAAAAUAUCAAAAGUAUUUCAUAAAAAUUUUUGAUAGCA